GUGUUACAUCAUUCUGUGCCCGGGUCUGGGGGUUUUCUGACCUCAAAUGAAGAGGGGCGGGAACAACCAUCUCCAUUUUAGAAAACUACAACAGCUGCUGCAGAUUUGAAUUUACAUUUCUCAUUCUACAUACCGGGAAACUGUUAACGGAAACUUACAUCGGGACUCUUGUGCAAUGAGCUCGGUCGUCGUGGACCGGGGUUUUUCUCUCCAGACACAAUGUUUGAAGUGAUGUUGUUGUGACAACUUCUUUAAUUUCAGUUCCUUUCUGAGUGUUUUGUUUGCUGCGCACCGCUGACUCGAGACCAUGGAACACCCCCGUUUAGCCUGCCAGGUGUGCCACGCUGAGUUUAAGAGUUUUUUUAAUUUAAAAAAACAUUUGCUCUUCAGGGAACAUCACCAGAAAAUGAGAGAAGUCUUCCAGAAAGAUGUGUUCAAGACUUCUGCCAAAAUUCCUUGUAUUGUUGUUGCGGGUUCAGGAGUCACAUAUAAAAUCAAGCAACCCAUCAUAGGCCUGUCUAUGCUGACUGUGUGCUUCAGUCCAGAGUCGUCAACCUUUUUUUACCUUUGCCAUAUCUGUGAGGAAAAGUGUCAUUCAGACAAUAUAUUAAAACACCUCUCCUCUGGUGACCACAGCUUCAACUACUUUAACUAUGCUGACCCAAAUGUGCUGAGUUUCAGCUGGACGCCCAGCAAUAAUAUGAAUCUCAUUCUAAGCACUCGGAUCAAAAAUGCAGUUGCUAGAAGAGGGCCUGAACAGCUCCAGUUUUUGGAUUUGCCUGAAAAGCUGUUAGAAAAGUGUAAAACAAGUACCUACUCUGAAGUGAUGCACUUUUUCAGUGAAAAUGAAAAGCUUCUCAAGCUGCUCGAAGCUGGCAGGCCAAAGAGGAAGAUGAUACAAACUUACCAAAAAGAUGGCAACAGGAAGCAUCCACUUCUCGGCAUGCAGCACCUUGUUGAAUGCAUUUGUGUUGGACACACUGGGAGGAGCCAGUUCCUCUGCACGCUCUGCAACCUAACUUUGGCUGCCUCCAUGAUCAUCAAACAUGUCCUGAGCUUUGACCACGUCUUCUGUUACUUUAAAGCGUGGCACCCCUCCACUUUGCUGUCAAAGGAAUGCUACACUUUUGACAACUCCUUUGCCUCAGAUAUGCUUAAUUUUGCAAGGCAGACACUGGAAAUUCAUGGAACUGAAAAUGCUGAUAUAAAGCAAGUGAAUCUGGAGCCUGAUGUAUUCACAUCAGUAAACUUCUCCUGUUAUGCAGAAGCUUUGAAGAAACUGGAAGCCAUCACAAAGGGAAACAUGGAGGGCAGCUUGGUUACAAGCAUCACACCGGGGAAGAAGCUUGAGCUCUCUACUGCAUCAGUGAAGCCUGCGAUGACGCCUGUAAGACUGCGUUGUCAGGACUGCAACAUGAUCUUUAUAAGUCCCCAUCAGUAUUUCCAGCACGUGUUUCAGGGGGAACACCAACAGGCGUUGAAGAGAUUAUUUGGCAAAGCUAAUGAAGAAUAUGGUUUCAACCAAACAGAGUGUGCAGGUUGGAAACCCUAUAUGAGCUUAUACAGUUACCUCAAAAAUAAGUCAAGGGAAGAACGCCCAGUUGUCGGCGUGUCCCUGGUUGUGACCUGUAUCAGCACUCAGGAUCAGUCUGAACCUAUUUAUGUGUGCUUUGCUUGUGAGGCCAGUUUCUCUGAGUCAUGUAUCAUAAAACACAUGGACUCUCGAAAACAUCUCAUACACACAAUGUUCUACCAGAAUCCCUGGCAGCUGCCGUUUGGCUGGAAGGACCAUCUGGAUGUGGAAGCCAUGAGAUCAGCGGUGUGCGAGGAGGAGAGCAAAAAAGAAGGCAGUCACAUGAUGAAGAUACUUGAUGUCCCUAUCUGGGUGUUGAAUGACCUCAGCCCACCUAUUUACAGCAAAGUGAUGGAGAGACUUGAACUACACCACGCUUUCUUAAUGCGCCAAGUUCCACCACGUGAAACGUACAGCAAACUCCAAGAGAAUGAGAGGUUUCCUCUGCUGGGUAAUCAGUUUCUGGUCAUGCAUGACGUGUGUUUCAGUCAUCAUCAGCCCACAGAAAUGGCAUUUCUGUGUUUGCUCUGUGUUAAGAGGCUGUCAGAAGAUGAAUGUUACGCACAUGUGUUCAGUUCGGAACAUGUUACAACAUUUCUGAACCAAUUCCACCAAUGCUCGCUGAAUGCCGAAACUGUGAAUGCGGAGACAUUACUGGACUUGGCAAAACAGGCAGCACGUAUUCACCCGAUAUCACAUGUACAGGUAAUAAAGUUGGACAAGCCCAUAUGGGAGCCCUGCUCCUACCAGACAGCAACAAGCAUCCUGGCAUGUGCAAAAAAGAGAGAAGGCAAAGGAAAGCUUAAACCUCGAAUUAUUACCAAUGUGAAGUUGGUCCCCAGAGAAACUCUGAAUGAAGUGGGCAAGAUCCCUGUGGGAGAGAACAAUCCGAAAAACAGCAGGAUAAUGGAGGCAUCUGCGACAAAGACCAGUCAAAAGUCAACAGACAGUAGUGAGACCACCCUGAAAAAUAUUAAAGCAGAAGUUGAUGAUGAAAUCAGCAAUAAAAUUGGAGAAAAAGCGAUAGCUACGGAGGAAACUCUUCCACAGAGUGAAAAAGAAUCGGAGAAGGGAAGAGAGCGGUUUUCAAAAACCAGUUCAGAGGAGAUGAAGAAUGAAGUCAGUGAGAAAUGCCAAACGAUAAAGAAGGAGGUGGAGGAGGAGCCUACAAAACCGACAACAAGAAAACUAAGUGAGGAGACUCAAGAAAGCUGUCAGAACACUAGCCAAGGUGAUGCAGCAGAGAUGGAAAAAGAAGGCACCACAAGCAAAGAUGCCUUGAAGAAUUACAUGCACCAAGCAAAUGAAAGAAAGAGGCCAAUAAACAUGACUGAAAAACCACAGGACACAGGUUCUGAUGAACAUGUGGACAGAGAAAUGGGUAAAAAAAGACAGAGACUCACCUCCAAAGAAGAUGCAUCUUGUGAAGAAUCCCAAAAAACGGCAGGUUGUGGACAAAGGGAGGCGAUCAUAGCAGAUAAAGAAGAAAGUUGUAAAUCGAGUCAGAUUGAUGAAGUCACUACUGAUGAGAACCAACCAGUGGUUAAGUUGUGGCAGUACAUCAAGCAAAAGAGCCGAGAGACUGUGAUUGGCUUGGGUGCACUUUUUGAAUGCAAUGGUGAUCAGCGUGACCCCAUCUACCUCUGUGAGUGCUGCUCUCUGAAGAUCCCAGAGAAGGAUAUCAUCUGCCAUGUUACUGGAUUUGAUCACCAGAAGAUGUAUCUGGUGGGGUUACAGAAAGUCCUGCCUCCACAAGGAGAUCACUGGAGGGAGAAGAUAAGGCAUUUGGCUGCUUUGUUUGAAAAAGAUGAAGGAUUUGGAGAGGCUCAGGUUGUUGAUCUGGAUGAAGAGAAUUACAACAACAUCUUAAAACAAAACUUUCAGGCAGCCAGUCAGACUGUGAGGGGUCUUGUUGCUCAGCCGGACAGUGGGCGAGAAAUCUCUUCAACCUCAACUCUGUCGGGUGUUGAGCCUGUAGGCACUUCUGUCACCCUCAAUGCUCAACGUGAGUUCUGCUUUGGGAUGGACAACCACCAGGUGAUGGCGAUGGAGAUUGAUAAUUCACAAGACCUUGAAGCACAGCCAUCAUCAGUAUUUGCAACCAUGUGUGUAAUGACUGAAAACACCUCCAAAACAAAGGAACUCCCCCACGACUCAAAUGAAGAUGUUAAAAUGACCUGUAUCAAAGUGCCUGAGUCUGCUGACAACACUAACAGCUGUCCAACUGCAUCCAGAAGUAGAAAAGACACAUCAAGUCUACACCUGUCCAAAAGUGGGACGAACACACAGUGUGUGCAUCCUGAUUCCACAGGAACCAACUCCAAAGCUGAAAUCACUCCAAGCACAACUAUGGAACCAUUAAACAGAACCACCACAUCCAAAGUAGAGGGGACGGAUCAAACUGCAGCAACUUCAGAUUCUACAGUAAUGACUUCUGCCAAAUCCAUGACAGCUGUCUCCAAGUUAACAUCUAAAACCUCCAGUUCUAAUCCAGACCCCACCAAUUUGAAAGCAAGAGCCUCCAAACUUGCAGCCUCCACCUCCAGUUGUAUUAUAACCACCAGUUUGGGAGAAACUGCUGACAAAUGUACAGUAGCCAUAUCUAUGUCCCCUGCAACCACCACCACAUCCAAAGUGACAGGACCCACAUCCACCUCUAUUGCAACAAUCUCAAAUGCGACUUCAUCCACAAAAUCAGUAAUAGCAUCAAGACCAAUGGACCCUAGAACUGGAACUGCAUCCAAAGUUACAGCCACUUCACAUAAAGCUGCACCCGCCCCUAAUGCAGGAGCCACAGUGAGGCAUGACGCCACAAGCAGAGCUACGCUUGCCUCCGAGAUUGCAGACUGCUCUGAAAAUUCUGUAACUGCAUCUCAAACUGUGGUGAGCUCUGCUAAGAAAACGUCAAUUAAAUCUGACAAUACUGAAGCCUCCAUGAAUACUCUACAUAUGAAGAGUUCAGUGGGGUCAAAUGCCCAUGUUGCUCCACCUAUCCGUAAGAGUAACCCACCUGCUGCUCCUCACGGGACCAUUCCCAUGUCUGAACAUAAGAAUACCCCCACAGUGCCAUCACAUACCUCUGUGAGUAAGACCAUUUCAACUGAAAGCCGUCAUAAAAUUGGCGUAAACCAGCUAAUUGCAGUGUCAUGUGAAGGAAGGCAACAAGUCUUCUGUCAGGUGUGCUCAGAGUGGUUGCAACAGUCCAGUCAUGUCAGGAGCUCCAACCACCAUUAUAACUACGUGAAAAUGAAGUUCCCUAGCUGGAGUGUCGGGCCAUCGGAGUUUAAGGACAAAUUGGAUGAGAUUGUGGCUCACUUGGCUGAGGUCGAGAAAGGCGUAGGAGCCCGGAGCUUCCAGAAGUUGCAAGUGACAAACAACGUGUACAAAGAGCUGGCUGCUCUACCAAUAAAGGAAGCUGCAGAAAAACUGAAAGCACUGGUGAAACAGAAAGCCAUGCAGGUCUCAUCGUCCUCCUCUGACGAUACUGCAGAGGCUUCAGAGCAGCACGUAGGCUUUGCCAGUCCAUAUGAAAGUUCAAGCCCAGAGGAUGGUAUGCACAUGCAACACAACAAAAUGCCAGUCAUUAAGCAGGACAAGUUUGAGCCUGAUGUGGAAGCUCAAGUCACACCAGCCAUUGAAAGUCCUGUGAAACUGGAUAAACCUCAUAUUAGUGCUGAUCCUGUUGCCACUGAGUCAGACUCCACAAGCACAUUGGACCCAACUGCUCCUGCACAGCAAGAGACUCCUGAGAAGAGACAACAGCAAGAUAAGAGUGAUCCAGAGUUGCUGGACGCCACUCAGGGGAAGUCAACUCCAGCAGACUCGGCCUCUGAUGCCGUUGCUGCUGCGUCACUGAACACAAAAGAGCAGAACCCAUCAAUACCCAGCCAGAAAACAGAACAUGUGAUGAAAAGCUCAGGAAGUGGACCAAGGCCUGAGCAGAACAGAGCCUACCGAAUUGGGGACAGUACUCAGGGCACCAGUCAUUUGUCAAAAUACAUGGGGGUGAGGGGCCUGGAUAGUGAGCCAAUCAUAGGUCGGGGCUGUGUUUGGGAGUGUCAAGGGAAUUCUCUGACGACAUUCUACCUGUGUGAAUGCUGCAGUGAGAGGGUCUCUUUUCGGGGGGUGCAUGAGCACUUGGUCAGCCAUGAGCACCAGUACAAUUACAUUCAAAGAGAGUAUCCUCAUUUUCUUAAAUUAUUCUGGGCAGUGGAUUAUCUGUCCCCAGAGAUUAAAAUGGAAACUUUUGAUGAAGUUGCCCAGAUGCUCUCAGCCCGGGAACCAUGGAGCAAGAUAGAUGUACAGUGGAUCAGACUGGGAGACGUGUUACACGAGUGUAUUGGGACGGCUCCAGUCAGUGAAGGUAGAUCUGCUAUAGUCUACAGAGUUCAUGCUCUGAGCAUGUUACAAAAGCUCAAAGAGGAGAAGCUGAGCAGCUCUCUAUCCAUCAGAGCUCUACAACAAAAGGACAAGCAGCCUGAGGACCGGCAGAGUCGAGAGGAAUCUUUUCAAAGGAAAAUGCAGCCAGCCCCGGCAUCUGAGUUGGACAAAAGCAGUGACAAUUCAAGACAAAAUACAAGGAAACAUAAGUUGAAAGAGGCUGCAACGGUUGGAGAAUUGGAUGGGGUCAAACUAGGACGACUCAUGCCUCCUCCAGAUGUGAGCGGUAUCUGUGCACUGUGGACUGUACUCAGAUCACCGAUCCACCAGCAACAAAAUCCCAUCUCACAGCCUGAUACGCAUGUGAAACAGACAGACGUGUUGUCAGAACCCCCAUCUUCCUCUACUGUUUGUCCUAAAACCAGUCCGUUGCUGUUGCCCAGAGAGGAACACCCAACAGCCAGGAAAAAGCCAACUGUUGCCUCUGUUGAAACACUGGUCAGACCUUCCAUCAAUAUCCCCAAACUCAAGGAUCCUUUGGGAGCCAAAUUCACAGAGAGCAUCAGUCAACCCAGCUCUCAAUCAGCUUCCGAGUCCACUUCUGUGAACCCCACUGCGACCCUCACAUCGCUUUCUCCUGCUGACCAAGACGCAGGCCCUGGACCUGACAGACAAAACACAUUCGUAGGCGAAUUGUCAUGGAUUGAAGGGUUGAGGGCUCUGGUGAAGGAGGAGAGGUCUAAGAUGAUUAGCUCUUGCAAGUCAGCUCCAGAUUGUGCUGAGAAUAAUACCUCCCACACUACCAUCUUUUCCAAAGAUGUGGAUAGUAGAUGGGAUUCAAAGUGUGAACAGGCUGGAUCUCAAAUGGCAAAACACAAAACAAGAUUGGAUUCAAAGAUUCAAGUGGUUAAUGACACAGUGAAUAAAUGUCCAUCCCCCACUAACUCACUGGAGAGAACGUUUUCAGCAGCAGCACCUGCGGUCUUGGGCUAUGAAAACCAACAAGUCAACCCUAAUGCCAACCAUGGCCUCUCUGAUAUUAAUUCAUCUCUUGAAGACUGUUUAACUAGAGGUGACACCCUGUUCAGAGUGACUGAAGGCCAGGUUGCUAUUACCAUGUUACCUACUGUUGGCAUUGCCAACUCCAGUGACCUACAACAGGGAAGUGUCACUGCUUACAACAUGCCUGGAUAUGUGAGCCCGACCACACCUACUCUUGGUCAUUGUCAUGUAGCCACCAAUCGCAGUUCAGGUCAGAUACCACAACCGCAAGACAAGACAGAGACUGACAACACCGUGGUUUGUGAGUUGCCCAUUCAAACCAACGCAACAGUCAUGCCAGACCCCACAAACCAGCAGUUUAUGAGCAGCUUUAACAAACAGGACCCCGCUGAGGUGCAAGGAGGCUAUCCAUCCACUGGGACCCCUGUUUUAUACUAUGGGAGUUUAUACCAAAGUGAAGGGUACCCUAUAGGCCUCUACCCAAGACAGAUUUACUUCGAGCAGCAAAGAAAUGUGGUUAGUCUUCCAUCAUUUGGACACAGUAUAGCAACUCCAGUGCCCCCAGGAUAUGUGAGCCUGCAAAGGCAACAGCAGAACCAGCAGCUUGUCUUGCAGCAGCACCAGAUACUAUUGCAGCAGCAGAUACCGCAGCAGCAGAUGAUGCAGCAGCAGAUACCGGAGCAGCAGCAACAGAUACUACUGCAGCAGAUACCGCAGCAGCAGCAGAAGAUACCGCAGCAGCAGAUACUACUGCAGCAGCAGAGGAUGCAGCAGCAGCAGAUACCGCAGCAGCAGAUACCGCAGCAGAUACCGCAGCCGCAUAUACCGCAGCAGAUACCGCAGCAGCAGAUACUACUGCAGCAGCAGAGGAUGCAGCAGCAGCAGAUACAGCAGCAGCAGCAGAUACCGCAGCAGCAGAAGAUACCGCAGCAGCAGCAGCAGCAGGUACUACUGCAGCAGCAGCAGAUGCAGCAGCAGGCACUACUGCAGCAGCAGCAGAUGCAGCAGAAGAUACCGCAGCUGCAGCAGAUACCGCAGCAGCAGCAGAUACCGCAGCAACAGCAGAAGAUACCGCAGCAGCAGCAGCAGAUACUAUUGCAGCAGCAGCAGAAGAUACCGCAGCAGCAGCAGCAGAUACCGCAGCAGCAGCAGAUACCACCGCAGCAGCAGCAGAUACUACUGCAGCAGCAGAUACCGCAGCAGCAGCAGAGGACGCAGCAGCAGCAGAAGAUACCGCAGCAGCAGCAGCAGAUACCGCAGCAGCAGCAGCAGAUACCACCGCAGCAGCAGCAGAUACUACUGCAGCAGCAGAUACCGCAGCAGAUACCGCAGCAGCAGCAGAUACUACUGCAGCAGCAGAUGAUGCAGCAGCAGCAGAUACCGCAGAUACAGCAGCAGAUACCGCAGCAACAGCAGCAGCAGCAGAUACCACCGCAGCAGCAGCAGAUACUACUGCAGCAGCAGAUACCGCAACCGCAGCAGAUACCGCAGCAGCAGCAGAUACUACUGCAGCAGCAGAUGAUGCAGCAGCAGCAGAUACCGCAGAUACAGCAGCAGCAGCAGAUACCGCAGCAGCAGCAGCAGUACUACUCAUUGACAGGUGCUGCCUUGACUGGCUGGAGUGGUGAUUGGAGAAGCAUCUAAGCAGAAACAUCACUGGUCACUUUUGCAUCUCCAACAUAAGUUAAUGGACCUGAAUGAAUACAGCAACCAACAGACUCGUUCCAACGCAGGACAGUCAUAACAUAACAGAGCACUCCUCAGGUUAUCCUCGACCUUCUAGUCAUUCAUUAUCCUCCUACAGCCAACAGUGAAAUCCUAUCACGUUUUAGUCCUUUUUAGGCUCUGGCAGAGUGUUUUUUACUUUAUUAUCAGUGGUCAGUGCCACGUCUAACGACAGUACCAGUUAAAACCAUUUUAAAAAAUGUAAAGAACUAUUUUCCUGAUUGCGCGGUAAACAUUUUUUUGCAGAACACCUGUUAAAUAUCGUUUUGAAUUUGUCCAUUGUAUAUAUAAUUAAGUUUAGAUAUAUGGCCCAAAUGUUCAGCUUGUAUCAGUGUUGUACAGGAUGUUGCAUUAGUGUUCUCUCAGGAAAAGAUGUCCCAUCAUUCCACAUGUGGUGUAAAUGAUUUAUUAGCUUGUUUUUAUGUGUGGCUAUAGAGGCACUCGUGCAUCUGAGCAUUUUAUCUGGAUGUUGAAAGGGGAAGACACAUUUCCAUUUAUUCCUAACCCCUUCAGCUCGUCAAGGUGUAACAUCUGAAGACACACCCGACAAAAUUUGGUUCAAUGUUCAUCUUAAAUUUCAUUGGAGUGUUACAUGUUUGCAUCUUGAUAACAUUAAAUGUUCAAGUUUCA